AUGCUGCGGCAGCACACAGCAGACCCGGCGGAGGCCGAGAAAACUCCAUUGAGAUCCGGUGACCCCAUAGAAUCACAAGAAAGCAAUAUACAGGUUUCAGCUUCUCCUGUAUCUGUUCAGGGGUUAGCGGGUGGUGUCAAGGAGAAGCUGAAAACUUUUGAAAGCAAGCAAUCGUCUGUCGCCUUCAUACCCGUAUUUCAACAACAGGCAGACCCUGCUGCUCCUACUGCUGCUGCUGCUAUUGCUUCUGUUUUUGUUUUUUUUGCUCUUGUUUCUGCUGCCGCUGCUGUCACCUCGACCCCCAAACCUCUAGACGGCACCACACAGGCACCGAGCAGCAGAACAAUUCUACGCCACAAACAUCCGGGUGUUCACUCAACAGGAUCAACGGCCUCGAUAUCUGAAAAAAAGUUGAGAGAACUGGAGGGUGUUUUGCGUCAUCGUGAGGAUUUGAUUCGUUCGCUUGAAGGUGCUGUCGCGCAGCGCGAGUCGGAUUUAUCUUUUGUGCUGAAGGAAAAGUUUCAGUUGUCUAAAGCCAUAGUUGCGUCUCGAGUUUCUUCAUCCGGUGCUGCUGCAACGAGCAGCAGCAACGGCAUCAGCAACCCAGCAACCCCCUCACCCAAGCCAGGAGGAGUUUCCUUCUGCCUCCCCGCUGUGCAUGCGGAGAAUACGCCUCAAGGUUCUUCUGCUGACUGCAACAGGAAACCCAAAACGGUGUAUCUCUGCACUAAAGACUCAAAAACAAAUGAGGAGGAAACAGCAAAGCAACGCAGCAACGGCUCGUCAGCGGACGAGGAGGUUACUGGCUCGCAACCGACUGCAGAUGUUUCCCUUGAGGGACCUCAGCAGAGUGAAAUUCAGCUUUCAUCAGCGAAUGAAACAACUCAGGAGAAACGUAUAACUGCUGCUGGCAUGAAGGAGGCCCCCAUGCAGCCUGCAGCAAGCGUUGCAGAUCUACACACGAGUCAAUCCACUGGUGAUGGGGUUUCGCGCAGAGUGCGUCACCAGCAGCCACCAACGGCAUCUGAAGUGAAUCCUGUAGCCAAUAAAACAAAUGAAACCGAACCAGAGGUAUUAGAAACAGGAGUAACCCCUGUAGAUGCCACUGCUGAGGACAGUGGGGGCUUGCAAGGCCACAGUGAAACACGGCCAGCUGGGAGUUCCAAGGCUCUGCUCGCAGACGCAGCGGCCUACCUCGGGUCAAAUGGCUGGCGACUGAGCAGAAACUGCCGGCUGAAACCUGCGGGAAACGCAGACGGCUCGGCCUCAACGCGUGUUCCUGGCCCCGUCGCCUCCGCCUCCACAGAUAGUGAGCCACAGAGCCUCUCAGAGCAACAGAGCAAGGAGAGGAGCUCGGAUGAUGGGGAAGACGUAGAGGACAGAUGCUCGGAAAUUCCCGUUUCUGAGGAAAGGGAGAAUGGGGUGAAGGAAGAAGAAAACGGAAUUUCCGGCAUCCAGCCCAUAGACGCGGGCGAUACGCAGAGUGGGAGCAAGGUGGGUCUCGCGUCUCAGCAGCGGUUAAGGAUUAGCCAGGUGCAAACACAGGCUAUGAUUGACGCGGAGGCGGAAACUUCUGAUGUUUUAGAGAUGCAAGACGAACUGUCUUCGAAGAUUGACAUUCUGCAAAGCGCCUUCGAAGAGGUAACUGCAGCGAACAACCAUCAACGAACAACCAUCACUCCACUCUACUUCCAGUGA